AUGUCCCUUCUAUCACUAUUCAUCAAUGCUGGGUUGAGCGCGGUCGGUGCCGUCAUAUGUUAUAGGCUCAUUUUGGAUUAUAUUCCGAUUUUUAUCGCGCGAAAAAUGUAUGGAAACGAUCAGUGUAAGGUCUCCAACGCUCCCGUACCCGAACCAAUGGGUGUAAUCUGUGCCGCCGUGUAUCUCAUCGUGAUGUUCGUCUUCAUCCCCUUCCCGUUCAUCGAAUGGAUCGGAAUGGACACUUUCCCAUACGCCAAGCUUCUGGCGAUUCUCUCGGGCCUCAUUUCCAUCUCCACUGCCAUUCUAUUAGGAUUCGCCGACGAUAUGUUGGAUUUGCGAUGGCGACACAAGCUGCUGUUCCCGACGUUGAGCUCGUUGCCGCUUCUUAUGGUUUAUUAUGUUUCUGGCAACUCAACUACAGUAAUCGUGCCCACCAUCGUCCGUCACCUGGUCCAACCGUUCGUCGUGCUCCCCAUCACAAUCAAUAUCUCAUUUAUCUAUUAUAUUUUCAUGGGAAUGGUCAUUGUCUUCUGCACGAAUGCCAUCAAUAUUCUUGCAGGAAUCAACGGACUGGAAAGCGGACAAUCAUUGGUGAUAUCUGCAUCAGUUAGCUUGUUCAAUUUGGUUCAGGUCUAUCGAUUUGGAGCUGAUGAAAAUGCGGCUGGAUUCUGGCAUCACAUCAUUUCCCUCUAUUUUCUGCUCCCAUUCACCGCCUGCACGGCGGUGCUCUUCUAUUUCAAUAAGUAUCCCUCGCGUGUGUUCGUCGGCGACACGUUCUGCUAUUGGUCCGGCAUGACACUCGCAGUCGUCUCGAUUUUAGGACACUUCAGCAAGACGCUCAUGCUCUUUUUCAUACCACAGACCAUCAAUUUCUUGUACUCAAUUCCGCAACUUUUCCAUUUGGUACCAUGUCCACGUCACCGGCUGCCCAAAUAUGACGCGGAAAGUGAUACGGUCAGCAUGAGUGUUGCGGAAUUCAAAAAAUCACAACUCAAAACACUAGGAUCGAUUUUUAUCACGAUUUGUCGAUCGAUUCGAAUUUUGUAUGUCGAGGAAUUCGAGAAGGACGGAGAAAUAUACGUGCGUAUGAACAAUCUAACAAUCAUCAAUUUGGUCCUAAAAUUCUUUGGUCCAAUGCACGAAUCGUCGCUGAAUGGAUUGCUCAUGCUUAUUCAGAUGCUCUGCUCCUGCCUCGCAUUCUUCAUUCGCUUCUAUUUGGCAUCUCUAUUCUAUGACGUCGUUGAAUAA